AUCGUCCCUGAGUUUACCUUACUAACCCUUAGCUACUAAACUAUGGAAACUGCCCAAACAUCAUCAGCACCGGACACCGACAAGUAAAUGAGUCUAUGAAUUGGGAGGAAUAGUGACACCAGGAUGGGAAUGCUACAGUAGCAAGGCCGUGCCACAACUGAGGACGAAACUUUCACCCGUCUGCUGCAUUUAGUACAGCUGCUAAUUUGUUCUCGCCAGCAGAGCAGUUUGAAAGGAAGACUCAUUGGAUAAUGCCCUGCGUUGGUACUUGAGCAUAGCCUAGGGAUGUAUAAUGACUAAUUAAAACGUAGGCCUACUAAUUCAAUGGACAAGAGGAAGUUCCCUGGCACAAUGUUCAGGCAAGGGGAUGCGUCAUCAAAAAGACGCCCGGUUGGUGGAAGUGCACCGCCUUCCUCCUCUAUGCAGCAGGGUCGUAUCCGGGCCGUGGAGGUGGCGAGAGGAAGAACUGGGUACGGCUUUACACUGACAGGUCAAAGUCCAUGUAUCCUCAGCUGCAUCCUGAAGGGGAGUCCAGCAGACUAUGUAGGGUUGCGUUCAGGAGACCACAUCCUGUCUGUCAAUGACAUCAACGUCUCCAUGGCAUCGCAUGAAGAUGUCGUCAAACUCAUCGGGCGCUGCACCGGUGUCCUGAAGCUGGUGAUCGCUGAGGGAGAACGUCAGAGGCGUCACCAUCACCACCACCAACGCACCGCUGGAAGUCGUCACCAUAGCAGCAACACAAUGGCAGCAUCUUACCUGGACUCGUGCUCAAGUGAUGAUGAGUUGGAUGCCUUCUAUGACAAUGGUGUUAACAACAACAACAACAGCAAGUCAGGCUGUGGAGCCCGUGGGGGUUGGUACAAACCCAAAAUGGAUUCUAAGCAGCUGGGCAUCAACAGGGCGGAGAAGGUUGUGGCGGAGCUGCAGUCUGGAGGGAUUUUCAACAUGAUCUUUGAGAACUCCAGCCAGUCCUCCAGCAGCUCCGACAAGGACAGACCCAGGGCCAGCUCGUCGUCAAAGCCACGUCCGAUCUCUGAUCCAGAGUUGCCUUCGUAUCAGAACACCUCCCGUUCCCAGAGCAACCCCAACCUGCUCUCCGAGGAGGAGAUGGCCCAAGUUCUGAAUGACGACUCUGUCUUUCUGGAUGCUGAUUUCCGCCAUCUCCACCUUCAACACCACGAGGAAGAGCAAGAUUUAGAUGUAGGAGAUGGGGGCGACUUUAGCCUAGAGCCCAGCGAGGGCAUUCUCAAUGUGGGCAUGAUCGUUGGGUACCUGGGCUCCAUUGAGCUGGCCUCCAUAGGGGCGAGCUUGGAGAGUGACAGCCUGCAGGCCAUCAGAUGCAGCAUGAGGCGCCUCCGGGCUGAGCAGAAGAUCCAUUCACUGGUCCUCAUGAAGGUCAUGCACGACAGUGUGCGUCUGUGCAGUGACAGAGGUCAUGUUCUGGCCACCUACCCUGCAGAGAAACUGGCCUUCAGCGCCUGUUGUCCUGACGACCGCAGAUUCUUCGGACUGGUCACGAUGCAGGCCACUGAUGACCACGACGAGUUUCAUUUCAGCUGUGGACGAGAUGAAGAGGGCAGUUUGAGGACUUCCUGUCACGUGUUCAUCGUGGACCCAGACCUCUGUCAACACCAGGUGCAUUCAGGUGUAUCGAGGAGGUUCGGCUUUGAGUGCACCCCGGACCCCGACACAGGGGGCUGCCUGGAGUUCCCGCCCAGCUCUCAGCCUCUCCUCCAGUUCGUCUCAGUCCUCUAUCGGGACAUGGGGGACAACAUUGAGGGGGUCCGCGCCCGGGCCUUCCAUGACCCAGACAACGACGCCCAGCAGAACCACAGCACCAGCAGCAACAGCGACAGCGGCAUCGGAAACUUUCUACCUGAGGAGAAGAGCAACAGAGUGCUGUUAGUGGACCUCGGGGGUCCUCCGAACCACAACCACAUCUCCGGGCCACGCCACUGGGACAGCCCUCCUUCAUCCCAGCAGGCCUGGAGCCCCACCCUCGGGGCCUCGGCGCCUCUCCCACCUCCGCCUCCUCCGCCAGCUCUGAGAAACGGUCACUACCGCCACGAUCCACACCUGGCUGACCUCCCUCACCCUCUCCCCUUAGCUCACCCCGAUGUCCCCGGCCGGCAUUCUCGAGGAGUCAACCCAAACCACAACUCACAGGGGAAGAGAGGAGGAGCUGUGGGAGGGGAGAAGAGAGGGGGUGGAGGAGCAGGGGUGGAGCCCCAGCGCUGGCUGCCAGUCCAUGUGCUGAGAGACUGGCGGCAGCAGCACCACCACAGCCAGCUCCAGGGCCUGAGCAGCGACCAGGAGUCCUACGCCGAGUCCACCGACGGAUGGUCCUCAGCCAACUGCAGCACCCUGCCCCCACCCAUGAAUAAGAUCCCGGCCGACCGUUACCGGGCCCCGCUGGCCCCCGGAGACAACCUGCCAGCACCUGGAGGGAGCCAGCCUCCCCCUCCCUCUCAUCCCCUCUCCCACACUCACCGGCUGGCUGCUCAGAAAGAAGAGUGGGCGAAGAAGCUGUUUGGAGACCGGGAGAGAGGGGGAGCAGAAAGAGAGAAGAAACGAGGGAACACAAAGGAGGGAGACAAAAAGGGUGGUCGUUUCCGUGGUCUGACCAUGGGCUUCCCUCCUCUCCCCGUGCGCUCCUCAGCAAGACGCUCCUUUGGACGCUCCAAACGUCACAGCUUAGCCCGCUCACUGGAUGACCUAGAGUCCACUGCAGUCUCCGAUGGAGAACUAAACAGUGUGGAGCUGCAGGGCUGCAGCAGCGACAACAGUCUGAACAGUAAUGCCAGCCUGCCCAGUGUUCAGAGCCACCGGCGCCACACGGAGCGGAGAGUGGCCAGCUGGGCCGUCUGCUUCGAGAGGCUGCUGCAGGACCCUGUGGGGGUCCGCUACUUCUCGGAGUUCCUAAAGAAAGAGUUCAGCGAGGAGAACAUCCUGUUCUGGCAGGCUUGUGAGUUCUUUAGCCACGUGCCUGAGAAUGACAAGAAGCAGCUCUCUCAGCGCGCCAGGGAGAUCUACAACAGCUUCCUGUCCAGUAAAGCCACAACACCGGUCAACAUCGAUAGUCAAGCCCAACUUGCCGACGACAUUCUCAACGCCCCCCGACCUGACAUGUUCAAGGAGCAGCAGCUGCAGAUCUUUAACCUGAUGAAGUUCGACAGCUACACGCGGUUCCUCAAGUCUCUGCUGUACCAGGAGUGUAUGCUGGCGGAGGUGGAGGGAAGACCCUUGCCGGACCCUUACCACAUCCCCAGCAGCCCCAACUCCAAAAACAGCACCACCAGCUCCGACCGCUCCAACCUGUCAACACCCAAGAAGGAGGACAAAAAGAGCAAGUCGGGCAGGUCUUUAAAUGAUGACUCUAAGGAUGAUUCAGGAGAUCGGAAGAAAGGCUUGUUCUUUUCUUGGUCGCGCAACAGGAGCUUCGGCAAAGGCCCCAAAAAACGAGAGCUGGCCGACUUCAACUACAAUUUCUCUGGCAGCAAUGGUCGCCGUGAGUCCCAGGGCUCGCUGUCUUCAGGAGCCAGUCUGGAGCUGGGGACGCCGGGGUCGGGGAAGAAUGAGGUGGAUGCUUCCCGCGGUGCAGUCUCGGUGUCAGCAGAGCGUGGGGGGAGCAGCGCCCCCUUGAGGCAGUGUAACAUAAGCCUGCCGGACGGCUCAUGUUGCUCAGUGCCACUGAGGGCAGGGGUGUCCAUCAGGGAGCUGUUGCUGGGCCUCUGUGAGAAGCUCUGCAUCAACCUGGCAGCUAUAGACCUCUUCUUGGUCGGAGGGGAGAAGCCACUUGUGUUAGACCAAGACUGUCUGACGUUGUGCUCGCGGGACCUUCGACUAGAAAAACGCACUCUCUUCAGACUCGACUUGGUUCCUAUUAACCGCUCUGUGGGCCUAAAAGCAAAACCAACCAAGCCUGUGGCGGAGGUCCUCAGGCCUGUGGUGGCCAAAUACGGCCUGCACCUGGCCAACUUAGUGGCACGCAUUAGUGGGGAGAUGGAGCCAUUAGAUCUCGGUCUUCCUAUAUCCAACCUGGACGGGCUUCGAGUGGUAUUAGAUCUUGCAGAAAACACUCCAGCGAAAGCAGACAAACAGAAAGCAGCUCCCUCAAAGAACCUCGUCGCGGCCUCCACCAGCAGAAACCAAUCGACAACAGGGGAGGACAGGCCGUCAGGGAAAGCCGGUUCAGCCCGCCCCCAUGGGGAAAACGGCCCUGACACAGGCAGCCAGCCCUUACCCAACCACUCUGUCUCUCUCCAUAAGGCUCCGGAGAAAAGAAAGCAGAAAAAGAUUAAUAUAGACGAAGCUGAAGAGUUCUUCGACUUCAUAUCCAAAGCUCAGAGCAACCGAGCAGACGACCAGCGAGGCCUGCUAAACAAAAGCGACCUGCAGCUCCCAGACUUUCUGCGCCUGUCGCCGGUGACAACCAACCGGGCCGCGCCUCCUCCCUACGACACUGAGCCCAGUUGCUCCACCCGUAACCCCAACAACGGCAGCCUCCCCAGCAGCGGUCGCAGGGGCAAUAAGGCCAAUAGCAAUGACAGGGGAGAGGAGGAGGCGGGGGGGGGCGGCGGCCACAUGCUCAAGGCGAGCCAUCAGUCCCAGAGCUUGGACUCCGCGCUGGGAACUGAGAGUGGAGGGGGGAGGAAAGGCAGGCCACCCCCUCCGUUUCCUGGCACCAUCUCCCCCAUCCACCCGUCCACCCGGGGGGCCCAGCCUGCUCUCCUCCAGGACUCCAGGGAAGAAUCUGUCCAGAUGCUGGAGGAGGACACGCUGUCCGACCUGACUCUGGUGGGAGAGGGGGACAUUGACAGCCCCUGCCUCACCUACGUCACUCCCUCGGCCCUCCAGUGCAAACCCCACCCCCGACCCCAACAGCAAGCACAGGACGGGCGGCCUAGCUCAGGUACUUCCCCGGUGUGAAAAACCUUUGAACUUUCACCUCUCCCUUUACCUGACUAUAGGACAGGACCCUCGACAAAGUCGGUUUGAAGUUCUUUGUCAGUCACAAUUGGCCCAGAAUGCAUCCAGGUCUCCUCCCUUUAUUUCAUAAUUCAAUUAAAGUGAACAUGUAAGGUCAAAUACAUGAAGUAAGCUUUUAUCACAUGCCUUAGAAAUGAGUGUUAAUUAGUUCAAACUAAGGAUAUAGUGAUAAGCUACGGCCAGCAUCUACUGUGAGUCAACAGCAGCCUGAAGAUAAACUAGUUCAGACACAUAAAGCGAGGAGAAGUGGAUGCAUUAGGCUCGGACUGAACUUGUCCAGACAUUUCCCUUCUGUGUGGUUUGUAUCUGUGUGAACCUUUGAGCGGAUUUGCUGUGGAUUACUUUCUGGAGACGUUAGCUCGAGGACAUGCUCACGACAAACCGGCGACGACCAGUGCCAAACUGUCUACUCCCCCCCCCCCCCCCCCUCCAGUGUACAGAAUCUAACAAUGCACUUUAGCCAAUUACAAACAACACAUCUUUUCACAUGUUUAUAAAACCUUUUCUCCCUGCUUUUUAUUAUUUGACCAUGAAAACGUCUGUUUUACAGCACUAGGAUCAGAGCAUUUGCUAACAAACACUAGCUGUUCCAAAUUUUGCGUGACCCAUAUAUUCUUUUCCAAUGCUUUGGAGCACACUGCAUGCUGACACAGCUGGCCUGACCCCAUAAAUACAAACACAGGAACACACACAUCUGCUCAGCUGUUUCUUCACGGACACAGUACACUCUGUGUCUCCAGCGCUGUUCCCUCACCUCAGGCAUUUCUCGUGUCACUCAUGAAAACGGACUGCAGCGAGAGCGCACACAUGGAAUAUCACUCUCUGACUAAAAUGAUCCAGAAGCGUGUGCACUGACUGUGUAAAAAGGCCGUUUUUCAUCUCCAUUUCUCUUCUUUGCACUACAUCACACUGCAGCACACAUUUUCUGUCUAGCAAAAAAACAGUGUCUGGAAAAUAACACGUCAAACUGUUUCAAAACACUCUUACUUUACCCUAUACUAUAUUCUCAAGAAGACAUUAAUUUAUCCCACAUCCUUUUUCAUUUUUACAACCUUUCAGUUAAAAGUAUUAAUUUGUACAUAGUCAUCUUUGUGAAUUCACAAUUUGUUGCCGUAGUCAUUGUUGGAUCGCAGUGCAGCCAUGCUGUUUAGAAUAGUAAUAAAUUCUCCUCUCUUCUGUUCAGUUGACUGUACUGUCUGUAAAUAGAUCAAAUAAAUGUUAUAACGAUGAACUCUCUCUGUAGAGCCUCAUGUGA